CAUCGCUCCCAUUGGUGCCCAGACUCUCUGCGGAACGCCCGGCCAUGGCAUCUGCGGCACUGCGUCGUGCGGCCGGGAGAGCUACGCGCCUGUGCUGUGGCCUUAGUUUGCUUCAACUGCCUUUGGCAUUGGUGGCGGUCUUGCCACUUCCUGGACCAGAAUUCAAGCGUGGCCAGUGGUCCUUUCGAGUACUUGGUCUUGGCCUAUUUGGACUCUCCUGUUGCGCUUACCCACUUUGUGCAUUAGCUUGCCUGGUGGUAUCAGAGAGCGAGGAGGGCACGGUCUCGGCAUGCGAAAGGGGAGCUUGUUGGACCAAAGAUGAAAUGCUGUCCUACAGGCCUGAAGCAAUUGAAGAGGCCAACCUUUUCAACAUUUCAUUCUUGGGGAACUGGACUAAGUAG